UGAGGGCAGACAAGCAGAAAGAAGAAAGUGGUCGGCUUGUGUAUUUUUAUAUGACAUAUAAUAAAGAAAACGGGUUUAAAAUGGUUACUUCUUAUCCUUUACCAGAGGGUUUCACUGAUAUGGAUGUGUUCGGAUUGGGGACUGCUCUGCUUGUGGAGGGUCUCCUUGGCUUCUUACUGAAUGGUCUGGCAAUACUUUCUUAUUUUAAAGUAAAGGAAAUGAGAACUCCCAGUAAUUUUCUCGUUCUCAGCCUGGCUGCUGCAGACAUUGGAGUUUCCAUGAACGCUUUUGUUGCAGCGUUCUCCAGCUUUUUGAGGUACUGGCCAUAUGGUUCAGAAGGUUGCCAGACUCAUGGCUUUCAAGGGUUUGUGACAGCUCUAGCCAGCAUCAGCUCCUGUGCAGCCAUUGCCUGGGACAGAUACCACAAGUACUGCACCAGAACAAAAUUGCAGUGGAGUACUGCCAUAACAGUUGCAAUUGUGGUGUGGGGAUUUUCUGGAUUCUGGUCUGCCAUGCCUCUGCUGGGAUGGGGAGAAUAUGACUAUGAACCUCUGAGGACCUGUUGCACACUGGAUUACACCAAGGGAGACAGAAAUUUCAUCUCCUACUUGCUUCCAAUGGCAUUUUUCAACUUUGUGAUUCCAGUUUUCAUCAUGUACACUUCCUAUCAAUCAGUGGCGCAGAAGUUCAAGAAAACUGGACAGACAAAGUUUAGUACUGGCCUUCCUCUGAAGUCACUUGUUAUAUGCUGGGGUCCCUAUUCUCUUCUGUGUCUGUAUGCUGCUGUUGAAGAUGCCACGCUUAUAUCUCCUAAACUGAGAAUGAUCCCUGCUGUCCUGGCCAAGACAUCACCAGCAAUAAAUGCUUUAAUAUAUUCUCUCGGAAAUGAGAGCUACAGAGGUGGAAUCUGGCAAUUCCUGACUGGACAGAAGAUGGAACCAGUUCAGACUGAUAACAAGACUAAAUAAGUCGUUGAUUUGUUGAACUUAAACCCAUUCAUAAUGGAUCAAGUUGACUUGUUGAACUUAAACCUGCAUAUAUAUAUAUAUAUAUACACACCCUUGUUCGUUUUUCAGGGAACGCAAUAUCAAAAAUACAUAUCUGAAAAAACUGUUUUAAAAUAAGUAGGCUUCCAUUUAGAUGUACUGUAUUGGUUUUGUUGGUACAGUACUAUAUUUGCAACAGAAUACAGAUUUUAAUUCAGGACGAUAUGAUUCUGAAAAUAUCACUUGCCAAAACAGACGACUCGUGGAUUGUAAUACAGUACAUACUUUUAAUUCCGGUACGUAUUGUAGCAGUAUGUAAAAUUCCCUGUUAACGACCCAACAGCAAAAUUAAAUCAAAAUGUUACCCAUGCACAGAACUGCAUACAAUGUAAAAGGCAAUGCAAUUCCAAAAUGAAAACAGUAUCCAAAGUCAGUAUUCAAAAUUGCAGAAUAUAGUCCUAAUGUCACAGUUCACUUGCAAAUGAAAAUGCACAAAAACAAUUAAAAUACAUCACAGUAUCUAAAACUGUUUAAUGAUUAACUGUUACAUUACCGUAGCUUGUCUCUUCACUUUGGCUGGGUUUACAUGCACGUGAAAAUCGACUCUACAGUCAUGACUGUGUGACGUUGUCAUGCGAAUACAUCGUGAAACAGCAAAAGAAGGUCCUUUGGUCAGCGUGACUUUAAGGGCAGGGUCAAUCGCUUUCUCACGAUAAAAAUAGCUGUAAAAACCCAUGUAAACUGGAGCAGGAAUCGUGCUUGUGGCUCACGAAUUUUCAGCAGUUAAGAUCCUGUUUAACUGGCGGAAUCUCAUGUUAUUCCUCAGCAAAGCCGUACCAAACCACACACACACAAACACAAAGACAAGAAAGGACAGAAAAGACGCUGCAAAUGUAAACCUCUCAUAUAGCCUGUUAUUAAUGUUUAUAUAAAUGCAUGUUGUUAAGCACAACUAACCACAUUUUUAGCCCCAUAUUAUUAUUAUUAUUAUUAUUAUUAUUAUUAUUAUUAUUAUUAUUAUUAGUCGUAGUAGUUGUCGUAUUUUCUUUCUAUAAUUCUUUUAAGAUGUCCCAGGAACAACAGAGCUCCACCCCUUUUUUCACCGCACAGAACUGGAAUUAAUUGUUAGCAUCAAUUGGCAUAUUGUGUAAGUAAUGGAUAUAGUUAACAAACAACAUAAAUGUACCCUAUCACUUUAAAUAAAUACUUUUGUUUGAAUGUUUAUAAUAUUACAAGACAUCCCCGUUUAAUUAUAAUGUGUGUGUGUUAAGCGGAUUCUGUGCCUGUCACUUCUACCGCAGCUGCAGACCAGCAGUCACUGGCUUCUCGGAGCAGAGGCAGGGUAUAGGGCCUGGCAGAUGUGUACAAGAACAUUAGGAUGCUCAGCCUGGUACUCCGCCUAUAGAACUGCCAGUGCAUUAAGCUGCUUAGGAACCUCGUAUGUAUUUUUACAUAUCCCCCUGUUCUCAAUCUUAUAUUCAUAUAGGCCUAAGGAUCAUACCAUUUUUACUGUAUUGUAGUGUAACCCCCCGUGUUCCCACAUUUUCCACACACAUUUAUAAACUACUUUAAUUAAAUAAAACUUUUAGAUGUUACGUAUAUCUAUUUUUUAAGUAGUAAAACUUGUACUUAGUAGAAGUUCUAUUUUAUAUACUUUUAUGUGUGUGUGUGUUUGUGCGUGUGUGUUGGAAAGGUAACGAGACACAAACAAGUAAUGCGUGAUAAUUCGAAAUGUGCGUGACAACAAGUUUUUUUAAAUCUUCAUGGCAACGCAUGACGCUCUCCUCCCCCCAACAAACACACACAAAAAAUGCAAACAGUAAAAUAUAAAGCAAUACAGUAAAAUAAAACAAAGAUAGAAAUAAAGAUAAAGAUAAAAUAUAAAGAAAUUGCCACUGUCAUGCAUAUUCAUGAGCAGUCAAGACUGGGGCGUGGUUAGGUAGCGGGUAGAUUUGUUGUCUGUAUCUAUUAAUUAAUAGCAACUGCUUCAGACUGAUUUGGCAUGCAGAGAAAAAAUGCAGGCUGCGACGGACAGUCAAAUAAAUUGUAACAUUGAAGAGAUGGGCUUUGUAUCACAAAACUGGUGACAGAGUCGGAAAUCAAGUGUGACCGGUAAGUGCAUUAAAAAUGUUACAUAUAUAUAUAUAUAUAUAUAUAUAUAUAAUGGAGAUUGAUUUUAUUCUUAAUACAAGGGCGGUAAAACGCAACUGACGUGUAUCUGGGUAACGGAUAUCCGAGUGCUGACUGUAAAUAUAUAUAUAUAUAUAUAUAUAUAUAUAUAUAUAUAUAUAUAUAUAUAUGCGGACAUAUUUUAAUGUAAAUCCACUUGUUGUGUGUAAGCUAAAAUAAAGAUGGAUAAGAACUGAAAUCGAUUUUAUUCCUACUGUUUUAUCGGCAGUUAAAGUGUAUUACGUUUUCAACAAGCUGCCUGUAAAUGUGUAUUUUGUUGUAAAUGUGAAUGUCAUUACAAAUAAACUUUAUUAUGUGGUUCAA